UGCCCCGCCCCCUGCGCUUGUUGGCGCCAAAACCAAACCUGCCCUGCCCUGACGCUCUCCGCCCCUCACCCCGCGCGCAGGCCCUGCCACCCGCACCAUGUCAAAGAAGAAAGGACUGAGUGCAGAAGAAAAGAGAACCCGCAUGAUGGAAAUAUUUUUUGAGACAAAAGAUGUGUUUCAAUUGAAAGACUUGGAGAAAAUUGCUCCCAAAGAGAAAGGCAUUACUGCUAUGUCAGUAAAAGAAGUCCUUCAAAGCUUAGUUGAUGAUGGUAUGGUUGACUGUGAGAGGAUUGGAACUUCUAAUUACUAUUGGGCUUUUCCAAGUAAAGCUCUUCAUGCAAGGAAACGUAAGUUGGAGGUUCUGGAAUCUCAGGUGUCUGAGGGAAGCCAAAAGCAGGCAAACCUACAGAAGAGCAUUGAGAAAGCUAAAAUUGGCCGACAUGAGACGGAAGAGCGAACCAUGCUAGCAAGAGAGCUUUCUUCACUUCGGGACCAAAGGGAAAAGCUUAAGGCAGAAGUAGAAAAAUACAAAGACUGUGACCCACAAGUUGUGGAAGAAAUACGUCAAGCAAAUAAAAUUGCCAAAGAAGCUGCUAACAGAUGGACUGAUAACAUAUUUGCAAUAAAAUCCUGGGCCAAAAGAAAAUUUGGGUUUGAAGAAAAUAAAAUUGAUAAAACUUUUGGAAUUCCAGAAGACUUUGACUACAUAGACUGAAAUAUUUAAUGGUUGUAGAGGAUCUAUAAACUUGUGAAUAUGUAAAUUUUAAAAUAAAAU